GUGGAGAUACGUGUACAAACCAGGCCCCCCCAGGGUCCUUGGUCGUAUCUAGGAACAGAGGUGACCGACCCCGCCGGGCGCAUCAUCUUUAGGGUGCCAGACCAACGUCGUCUCAGCCUCGGUUUGCACUCCAUCCGGCUUACACCUCUCUCUGACAGCACACACUUCGUCCAGCUUACCCUUGCCGUCUUGCCAAUCAGAACAGAGAUCGUCGUCUUCAGUGUCGAUGGCAGUUUUGCUGCUAGCCUCUCCUUAAUGGGAAAGAAAGUUUUCCAUGGGGAGGAAGGAGAAGCAGAAGAGAAAGGGGUAAAAGCGAUUAUCAGAGAAAAUCUGGGACAGAAAAUGAAUCCAUAUAAUGAGCUACUGGAAUACAUUAACGAAGUAAUUGGCUCCACCUAG